GAGAAGGAGAAGGAGAAGGAGAAGGAGAAGGAGAAGGAGAAGGAGAAGGAGAAGGAGAAGGAGAAGGAGAAGGAGAAGGAGAAGGAGAAGGAGAAGGAGAAGGAGAAGGAGAAGGAGAAGGAGAAGGAGAAGGAGAAGGAGAAGGAGAAGGAGAAGGAUGCUGGAAAGUCGGCCAAGAAAGACAAAGACCCAGUGAACAAAUUUGGGGCCAAGGCCAAAAAGGAGACAUGGUCCAAAGACAAAGUUCAGGACAAGCUCCAUAACCUAGUUUUGUUUGAUAAAGCCACAUAGGACAAACUCUGUAAGGAAGACCACUAUAGGCUUAUUCUAAUCCCAGCUGUUGUCUCUGAGAGACGGAAGACCCCAGUUCCUUGGCCAGGGGAGCCCCUACAAGAGCUCUUUGGGAAAAGACUUAUUAAACUAGUUUCAAAGCACAGAGCUCAAGUAAUUUAUACCAGAAACACCAAAAGUAGGGAUGCCCCAGCUGCUGAUGAAGAUGCAGGAACAACAGCUAUACAUUUUGAGAAAUAAAACUUUAUUAAAUUUUAAAAAUCU